UUUGUGUACGGAACGUCGUGGCGCGAACAACUCGGCACCUAAACGCCGUUGCUGUUAGAGUGUGAUCCAUAUUAUCAGUAUUCAAAGACUUGUGUGAAUAAGUGAAUAUUCUUAUUUUUGUGGAUGCUGUUAAAUUUUACUGAUAACUUGUUGUUGUAUUCAAUUCAUAACAAAAAUGCUUAUGAGGCACGCAUGGCUCGCGUUAUCUUUAGCCUUACUAUUUUGCUUGGAUGUCAGUGAGGGGCUUAUAAGCGAUGAGGAUGUUGUUCCACAAGGCACAGAAGAGGAGUCGUCCAACACAGAUAUUGACUUGUCCGGGGACGCAAAGGAUGACCAUAAUGUACGCGUGACAGAGAAUCGUUUGGCAGCGCAGCUUUUCGCUGUCAUAGAGCAUUUCAAGCAAGAAGAUCCCCUUGGAUUUCCAGGAGCGCCAAUACCAGAUCCCAUGGAUGUGCCGGACAUGCGCAAAAGUCUCGGUAUGGGCACGUUGAGUAUGAUGCAGGUGAAAGCGUAUGGUUUGUCAAAAUUUCGUAUUGACACGGUGCAAGCGGAUCUGAAAGCGAUGCAGGUCGAAGCUGGUAUACAAUUGGACAAGAUGGACGUUCGUGGCAAGUACACGCUGAGCUCACUGUUUACCCGAGCUAAUGGCCCGUUCACAGUUGUGCUUAAAAAUGUCUACGUGAAAGCGAAUGCAGCUCUAGCUGUCCAAAGGGAUGGGCAUUUAACUACGGAACGCAUAAAAAUGGAUAUUACUUUCGGUGAUAUGUCUAUGGAUUUCCAGAAUUUAGGUUUAGUUGGCAAUUUAUUUCAAAGCGUUGUCAACUCUGCGCCCACACUCGUCUUCGAUGCCAUGAAACCGUUUAUGCUAGCGGAAGCGGAUAAGAAAUUACGCGAAGAGAUAAAUGGAAAUCUGGAAAAAUUCUUAGGUGAUCGACUUUUACCCAAUUCGAUAUCACCACUAGAUAUGGCCAUAGCCGAGGGUAGAAAGAAGGUGCGCGAUAUGGGUUAUGAUCCAUAUCAUUUGCCCGACUAUAAUCGUACGGCUGGUAUAUUCACCUUUCAGCUGGUGAACUCUUGGAUUUGGGGUGUGUCGAGUUUCUAUCGCGUGGGCGACAUGUCAGUAGCCAUGCAGAAUAAUACAAUCAAAUUACAUUUCCAUGUGGGCACACAGGAGAUUGCCGGCGAAAGUCAUUGGGAAAUCGAUUUUACUCUCGGAUCUCGUACAGGCGUAUUCAAAUUUUCCGUUCAAUAUAUUCGCGUUACAGUCGAGUUGAGUCAAUCGCUAGAUACGCGUAAGCGACCACAAAUCAAUGAUCUACAAAUCGAUUUGGGUAAUAUACAAAUACGAAGUGAUGGUGCUGGUACUUUGGAUUAUAUCGCGGAGGCUGCCGUCAAUAUUUUACCCAACUUAUUACGCUACCAAAUUAUGGAUAUUCUAGAGAACCCCGUGAAGAUGCGUAUACAGGAGAAAUUCGAUUCGAUUGAUGUAGAGAAGGCGAUUAAGGAAAACUUUGAAAAAUUCCAAACUAUGGGUGAUGACUUCUCAUUUGAUUUUAAGCUGUAAAAGUUAGAAUUCUGUCAACCCAGAAUGUUCGAAUUGUUUAAUAAAUUUAUAUGUAAAUAUGUAACAAUCUAUUUGAAAAAUAAAUCUUGCUUAAGUGUAACCAUAUAUUUUAUGGUAAUGAAAUGUUGAAUACAAAAACAA